UUAACUGUGCGUGUCCAGGUUGAGGAUCGAGAUCGGGCAGCCCACUCAGCCAGUGACAAAGCUAAGUCUUUGCUGCAUAAAUUAGAGGACGCAAUUUCGGAACAACGGAAUCUUCAGACUAUAAAUACUGAGUUAGUGAAUACUUGCCAGACACUUGAGCGGAAGACAAGAAAAUUGAAAACAACAGUUGAGUCACUGAGAAAGAAGUUAAUUAAAGGACGAUGCCAUGGCUUACCGUUUCAGAGCUGUUUAGAUGAGGAAUUUCCUCACUAUGAUCCCCUGUCCUGCACGGAUGGAAUUCAACAACCUCUUCAAGAACAACUGAAGCAGUGUUGCCAUAAACAAUAUAGCAGUCAAGAAGCAAGAAUACAUCAGGCACCCCUGACUUUCAAACAUACAUGCUGGUACACACCUCUGCUGGAUGCCUUGCAUCUAGAGAGUCUUACAGUGAUUCCAAGACUGGAGUUGACACCUUUCUCAGGUGUAGCCAGCCGAAUCCAAGAUGCAUGUGAAAGGCCCAACCAUGUGAAAAUAGAGGAUGGUGCUUUGGAUGUGACUAGAAGACACAAGUGCCCAGGCCCUGAAGUUGGCCCCCACUCAGGAACAGAUCUUUCAGGUUGCCUCAGGAUGAAUGAUGAUCUAAGGAUGGAAGAGAAUGGUGUUGAAUGCUUGUAUCCUAAGAGCCUGCCACAGUCCAGGGAAUAUUCCACACUAUCAUCUCCUGGACACACUUCAUCCACAGAGAGUACUGUGACUUCAAGUGAUUCUGGGUCAGAAAUUUUGAAUAUGGCUUCUGGUGACCUUGUCUGUAAGUCACUCUGUGAGAAAGAGGAGGAUACAGGAUCAGCUUCUUCUAUGAUAAAGAUCACAGGCAAAAGUUCAGCUCAUGACAAUACUGCACCCCAAGGCUCUGUGAGUGAGGACAAAACCACAUUAAGUCUGGAAGCUAAAGAGGAACCAAAAACAAUAGAUGAGCAUAGAAAAGAAUGUGCCGCAGGAGUUGCUGCUGUUUCCUCUCUCCCUGUAACCACCGUGAAAUCGGUUAACUUUAAACAAAGUGACAACACUUCUGCUAAUGAGAAGGAGGUGGAGGCUGAAUUUCUCAGAUUAUCUUUGGGAUUUAAGUGUGACUGGUUCACCUUGGAGAAAAGAGUAAAGCUUGAAGAAAGAUCACGAGACUUGGCAGAAGAAAAUUUGAAGAAAGAAAUCACUAACUGUUUAAAGCUGUUAGAGUCUUUAACACCACUUUGUGAAGAUGACAACCAUGCCCAGGAAAUUGUUAAGAAGCUGGAGAAGAGUAUUACUUUCCUUAGCCAGUGCACGGCACGAGUGGCCAGUAGGGCUGAGAUGCUUGGAGCCAUUAAUCAGGAAAGCCGAGUUAGUAAAGCAGUUGAAGUGAUGAUUCAGCAUGUAGAAAACCUGAAGAGAAUGUAUGCCAAAGAGCACGCUGAAUUAGAAGAACUGAAACAGGUUCUUCUGCAAAAUGAAAGGUCUUUUAAUCCUCUUGAAGAUGAAGAUGACUGCCAAAUUAAAAGACGCUCAUCUUCUCUAAACUCCAAGCCAUCUUCUCUUCGGAGAGUGACCAUUGCCUCUUUGCCCAGAAAUAUAGGAAAUGCAGGAAUGGUGGCUGGGAUGGAAAAUGACCGAUUCAGUAGGAGGUCAAGCAGCUGGCGUAUUUUGGGGUCAAAGCAGAGUGAACACCGUCCCUCAUUACAUCGAUUUAUUAGCACCUAUUCCUGGGCAGAUGCUGAAGAAGAAAAAUGUGAACUAAAAAGUAAAGAUGACUCAGAACCAUCUGGAGAAGAAACAGUAGAAAGGACAAGAAAGCCAAGUCUUUCUGAAAAGAGAAAUAAUCCAUCAAAAUGGGAUGGCUCUUCAAUUUAUGACACAAUAGCUUCCUGGGCAACAAAUCUCAAGACUUCCAUCAGAAAAGCUAAUAAGGCACUCUGGCUUUCUGUUGCAUUCAUUGUACUGUUUGCAGCUCUGAUGAGCUUCCUCACAGGACGAUUUUUCCAGAAGUCUGUGGAUGCUGCUCCCACGCCAGAUGGGGACUCCUGGAUGUCUCUAGAACAAAUCUUGUGGCCAUUUACUAGACUCCAACACAAUGGACCGCCACCAGUGUGACCAGAGCACAUCUCAAUGUGUGUGUCUUCAUUUUUAAAGUUUCAGUAUCUGAACUUUGUAAAUUAGUCAUUUUUAGCUGGGAAAUUAUAGCAUAGAACCAGAGGGUCUCAGAAGGACUGCAAGAUAUUUUACAUUCCCUCUUUCUGUGAUUUCCUCCCAAAUAAAAUAUAAUGGGGAGGAAGCCUACCUAUGAUCUUUUAAUGAGCUUUUUGAGGCGAUCUUACAUGUUGUUUGUUAAAAUUUAUUGAAAUAAAGAACCAUUCAAAUCUUCA